UCGAAAGACGUACUUUUGCUCAAUCACAGAUUGAUCUUGUUGUUCAUGGCGACACAAACAUGUAUUAGUAGUUUACUCUGUAUUUCUUUUGGGCUGAUCUUUUCUUUCUGAUAAUGAAACAUGCAUGUGUUGGUUUAGAUGUUGAUGGUUUCGAUAUUUUCGUUUCCUCGAUCUUUUCUUGAUGAUAUCAGUACACACCUAGUUGGCUAGUUGGUUGGUUUCCAUAGAUAACUUAUUUUUUUCUCUAUAAGAGUAGCCUAUCCUUGUAUCACCAAAGGGAAGACUUUUAUGAUUUGGAGAAUCCGGACAAAUUUAUGUGAGAAACCGAACACAAAAAUUAGGGUUAUCGAUCCAAUUGAGUUGCAGAUUAUAUUAUUUUUUUGUAAAACGUUCGUGUGACACUUCCUCGUAAUUAAGCAAAACUCAUCCCCAUCCCAUAUUCAAACGGUGCAAGGUUUUUCAAACUCAUCCACGUAUUUGUGGGUUUCGGAUAUCCAUGGGUAAUACCCGCCCCGUACACCCAACAUAUAAUAAUACAUAAAAUUUUACACAUAAAUUUUCAACAAUAACAUUAAACGCACCUACUAUAUCAUGAAGUUGACAAAGAGACAAUAAUUCUUAAUACGGUUCAAAGCAUCUUAUCCUAAAAAUAUUUAUUAAUUCAUAAGAUAGAGUACAAUAUAAUCUUAAUUAUUAUUCUCUUACUCUAAUACAUCUACUAAAUCAUAAUUAACUAACAUUAUCUUCUUAACACGAGGAAAAAAGUGAAAGAGGGAAAGGAGAGUUGAGGUAAAUGAAUUGGAUUGUGAUUUGGGUGGUCGCUCAAUUGCAUUUCUACUAUUUAUUUUCUUAUGUUGCCCUCACACUAUCAUCGAUAGGUUACGAUUUGAUCCAUGUAUUUUUCAUAGGUGAAGAGAUGUUCUUGCUGGGGCGGAUAUGGGUAUGGGGCGGGGAGGCUAAAACCAUACUGUCCCAUACCUAUUAAACGUUUUGCGAGUUUUCCCCAUAUCCAGUCAAUACUGGGUUGAGGGCAGUCAUGUACCCACGACCAUAGGUUUGAUAACGCUAUACGUUACCAGGCUUGCAUUCGGCUGAAGAUCCACGUCGAUUCCAAUAUCUACUAAUCUAGACCGCUGCGUAAUUAGCUAAGGGAUAAACAUGAUUACGUUUGGAAGAGGGAACUCUGACCAGGUUUGUAUUCUCCAAUCAACGGUCAUUAAUUUUAACAAUUAAUUAACAAUCAGAAUCCCACUAAGCCAACCUUCUUAUUCAUCCCACUCCUACAAAUAGUGCGGCAAAUGUGUUGAAGUAAUUAUCACAUCCAAUAUCCCACAAACACAAAUCUAUUCCCGACGGUCUGAUCGGAUUUUCUUCGACGCUGCCUCUUCCGGUGACGGUUUGUUUAUAUAUACAGUCGGUCGAUCGCCAUGGCCAGAAACCAGAACUCUCUCUUGCUCCUAAGCUUACUUCUGCUGCUCGUCUCAAGUGUCCGCUUGGCGUUGUCUGAGACCGGCACUGCUAGUUUCACCAAUGCUCGUUAUUCUGAGCAAUCGUGUACGGAGAAAGCGCCCACAACCCCGAUGUUCACCGGAGUGAGCGACAAGCUCUACGGCAACGGCGACAUAUGCGGGACGAAGUACAGCGUCACUUGCGUCGGCGGGGUGGCCGCCGACCAGCCGUCUCCCUGCAGAACGAGCACGCCCGUCGUGGUGACCGUCACCGACAGCUGCUCGCCGGGAUCCGAUGAGAAGCCUUGCCCUACGUUUGUGCUGUCCGCAAAAGCUUUCGCAUUGAUUGCGAAUCCUCGAGCAGGAGAAGCUAGGAUUACCUACGAACGGUAAGGAGUACGUCCUCCAUUUAUUUUUUUCUGCUCAUCAAUAUUGUUCAAUUUUUGUGUGUCAAGAACCAGUUGAUCCCAAUAACUCCAGUUGUUGAGAAAGGUUCAAUCGUGGAUCAUUUAUCGUUUACUAACAUCUGAUAUCAUGUCAAGAACCGGUUGAUCCCAAUAAUUCGAGUUGUUUGAGAGAGGUUCAAUCGUUGAUCAUUAUAUCGUUUACUAACAUUGCAAUUCCUACUGAAUUGCUUUUUGUUGUCUCUGCAGGACUUAUUAGUCUCGAGAUAGCUAGUGUGUGCCCUUUUACGGGCCGACGAUAUCGAAGAGACAUGCUCCUUGAUCUAAUAAAAACACGAUCUAAGUUUGUUUAAGAAAAUGAUAUGGUGUUGUUGAUUUUGAGAUGGUUUUUUAGUGAUAGAUACGAACUUUUAUUGCAAUAAGGAUGCGACAUAGAUGAAUAUGUUUAGCAAGAGUUCUAAGUUUGGGAAGCCUAACUCGAUUGGGUUGAAGCUCGACUACCGGUGGGCUAUGGGAGUCCCCAAACCCGAUUAUGGCCAUUGUUAUAGUUACGACGGAAAAUAAUAAAAUAAUACGUAUUAUUGAGCCGGAGGCAUACGUAUAAAAAUAAUAGAAUGUUUGAAAGCCAACAAUGACACUUGUCUAUUCUAGUUGUAAUAGUAGUUUGGGUUCAAAUAAUUUCAAGGAAUGACUUUAGAAGAAACACGAUAGAAAAAUGGACUUAUGCACAGUAGUUCGAUAAGGAUGACAAUGGGGUGAAUUUGCCUAAAUCAUCCUCAUCCUCGCUUUCAAAUAUUCAAACUCAUACCGGCCCCAUACUCAUGCUGGGUAAGGUUUUUCAAACCCAUCUUUGUACCCGUGGGUUUGAGUACCCAUGGGUAUUCCUGCCCCGUACAUCCAACAUUAUAAUACAUAUAAUUUCACACGUAAAUUUUCAAUGACAAAAUUAAAAGCACAUACUAUAUCAUGAAGUUGACAAAGAGACAUUCAUUAUUAAUACAGUUCAAAGCAUCUUAUAUUACAACGUCUCUUAAUCCAUAAUAUAGAGUACAAUGUAAUCUAAAUCAUUAUUAUCCGACUCUGAUAAAUCUACUAAGUAAUAACUAACAUUAUAUGUUUGUAAAAAAAAAAACUAACAUUAUCUUCUUAGCACGAGGCAAAAAGUGAAAGAGUAAAAGGGGAGUUGAGGAAAAGGAAUUAGGUUUUGAUUUGGGUGGCCACUCAAUUACAGUUUUACUAUUUUAUUUUCUUGUGUUACUCUCACUAUCAUUGAUAGGUUACAAUUUGAUCCAUGUAUUUUUUACAUGUGAAGAAAUUCUCUUGGUGGGGCGAGUAUGGGUAUGGGGCGGGGGCUAAAACCAUACUCGCUCAUACCCAUCAAACGUUUUGUGGGUUUUACCCAUACCUGCCCAAAACCCUGUUAGUGCGGGGAUUCCCUGCGUUAACUGGGUCGGGGAUCUGCAGUCAGGGGUUUGAUUGCUAUCCCUGCAGCUCGACAAUGAUGAGCAACAUAAAACUUCCAUGUAAUUUGGUGAGGGUUUAUGAGUUGAGUAAUUGUUGUUGAGGUAAUCUCUUAUUCUUGUUUGCUUAUUUAAUCAAAUUUGACCGUAGAA